AUGUCACUUUUCCUGGACAAGUUCGUCGAGCAUCUCUCAAACAUGAGCCCCAUAGUUUGGCAGUCAAAUUCAAGAACAGUGACUUCAAAAGUCUAUGCUGUAUGCUCUUGUGUCGAUGCUCCGGCACGUGCUGCCGUCCAGAACCAAGUUCUCUUCAACGGUUACUUCGGCUGCCCAUGGUGCAUGGCUCCUGGGCAACACAUUGAAGGUGCUAUGAGGUAUCCAGAGGCACAGCAGAGUGAAGAACGAACACACAAGCUCGUUCUCCGCGACAUGGAGUAUGCUGUUGCAUAUGACUCAACGGUAAAUGGAUUGAAGGGACCUUCUCCAUUGGUGAACCUCAAGCACUAUGACCUGGUGUCUGGCCAGGCAUGCGAGUAUAUGCACUCUGUCCUUCUUGGCGUCACAAAGCAACUGACAGAACACUUGCUGGAUUCCUCAAACUGUGCCGAAAGGUAUUACAUUGAAUGCGAAUUUCCAAACUAUAUCAAAUGUUAA